AUGACCUUCCUCGCUCACACAAAGUCGCCUCUCUUCAACCCCGACCGUAACCCCAUCCUUCACUCUCUCCUCAAACGCACCUUCUACGCCCAAUUCUGUGCCGGCGAAACUCCCUCGGAGGUCCAAAAAACAAUUGCAAAAUUGAAGGAGACCGGCUUCAAGGGUGUCAUAUUGGGCCACGCGAAAGAGGUGGUCCUCAGCAAGGAAGAGGCGGAUGGCCUGAAUGUGCCCAAGAAUGCGGCAGAACAAGCCCACAUUGAUGCAGAGGAAAUUGCAACGUGGAGGCAGAACACCAUUGACACGGUGGAUCUUGCCCAGCAGGGCGACUUUGUCGCGCUGAAAUUCACGGGGGCUGGACGGCAAGCGCUCCGACAUCUCCAGGCGACCAUUGCAUGUUCACCAGAGUUCGAGGAGGCUGUGCACGACAUCUGCAAGCGAGCUCAGGAGAAAGGAGUCAAACUUCUGUUUGACGCCGAGCAGGCAUCGUUGCAACAAGGCAUCGACAACUGGACAAUGUACUUUGCAAAAAGGUAUAACCGAGAACAGGCCUUGGUGUACGGCACCUACCAGGCCUAUGCCAGAAGAACUCCACAAAAUCUGGCACGCCAUCUUGAGCUAGCUCGAAGAGACGGCUUCGUCCUCGGCGUGAAACUGGUGCGAGGGGCCUAUAUGGGCAGUGAUCCCCGGGAGCUGUUCUGGCCCACCAUCGAGGAGACGCACAAUUGCUACAACGGUCUCGCGAGGAGCAUCCUGCAACAGCGAUACCAGGGCAUCCUGCAGCCCGUCGAGGGAGGAUCAACUGAAUUCCCGCGGGUGGCCCUCGUGCUCGCCACCCACAAUGCGGAAUCGGUGAGACUAGCCAGCGAACUUCGAGAUGAGCAAGCACGCACUGGUCAACCCCGGAUCGAACUGGCAUAUGGCCAGUUGAUGGGAAUGGCGGACAACGUCAGCUACGAGGUGGUACAACGGGCAAGGACCCGUCUAGCGUCGCACGACAGCAACGGCAGCGUGGAGGUUCCCAAAGCAUAUAAAUAUUUGGUUUGGGGCAAAAUGGGGGAAUGCAUGAAAUAUCUCCUCCGCCGCGCCCACGAAAAUCGAGAUGCCAUGACAAGAACAGUUGAAGCAAGGCGGGCAUUGGGCCGAGAGUUGGGCAUCAGAAUGGCGUUCUGGCGCUGA